AUGGAGGGUGGUGGUAUGCUUCUUCCAGGCCAACGGUUUUGCCCCAUGGAAGAUGAGCUACUCAUGUUCUACCUUAAGCCUAAGGUGAACGGGAUGCAAGUGCCCGGCAACGAAGACGUCAUCUGCGAGAUGGAUCUUUACGGUGACCAAGAUCCUUGGAAAAUAUGGGAAAGAUUUGAAGCAAGAAGAGCCAACGACUUGAGGAGGAACAAAGAUCUCUACUUCUUCACCCAAAAGAAGAAGAAGACUGCAAGAAGCUCACGUGCAAGCAGAACAGUUGGGAGUGGCGGUACUUGGAGAGGCCUAAACGCAGCAAAGGAGAUAUAUCUUCUUGAUCAGAAUCAGCAGCCAACAUCUACUCUUCUUGGUUUCAAGAAAACCUACACCUACAAGAACAAGGGCUCUGUGCAUCAUGGUUGCUGGAUCAUGUAUGAGUUUGAACUUGAUAAGUCACAACUCCUGCACAAGAAACAAGUAGACAAGAAUGAAUACGUUCUUUGUUUACUUAGGAAGAAUGAUGCACUACCGGAAAAGAAGAGAAAAAGGCAAGAAAAAGAGGAGAUGCUUGAAGAUUAUGUCGUGGACGACGAUGGAGAUAACAUCGAUCCUGAAUGGGUUAUUGAGGAGCCGAGAGAGAGACGACAACGUCUUCUACCAUACACUGAUCAAGAAGAGAAUAUGGGACUCCAACAAUUCGAGGCUGAUCAAGGAGAAUCGCCCUUGGAGUUGGCUGAAUUAGAAAAGUGGUUUGAUGCAGAAUUUUAUGCUGAAAAUGUUGCCUCGCUAGUUGAUGACAAUUCAGGACUGCAACAAUUGGAAUCUGAAUCUCAACUAGGAGAAGAAAAUCUGGAGCAGCAAAUGGGAGCUGAAGCCAAUGUGGAUGGAGAGAACUUGAGUGACGCUAUGCUUGGUGAAAACUGGCCUAUGUCUUUUUUGGAAGAUCUAAUGAUUGAUGAGCAGCCAAAUACCAUGGAAGUAGGAGAGUGGAAUGCCUGCUUAUUCAGAUUUUGA